UUUUCUAAACAUACAAAAAGAAAAUAAAGUCUUAGUCACACAAAAAUAUUAAAAUUAGUUGUUUAAUCGUCCAGGAUGAGCGAUAGUUCUGAUGAGGAAUUUAAUGAAGGAUAUGUGAUGUAUAGGCAUCGUCGUGAAUGGAGUGAUGUACAUCCGAUAAAGCAAAACGAUGGAAAAAAUCCAAUUGUUGCAAUUGCUUACAGUGAACGAUUUCUGGACGUUUAUGAUUAUUUUCGUGCAAUAUUGGCAACACAGGAGAAGUCUGAAAGGGCAUUGGAAUUGACAAACGACGCAUUAAAACUUAAUGCUGCAAAUUAUACAGUCUGGCAAUACAGAAGAGAGAUUAUAAAGGCAUUAAAAAAGGAUCUGUAUGAAGAGCUCAACUACAUAGCUGAUGUCAUUGAAGACAAUCCGAAAAACUAUCAAGUUUGGCAUCAUCGUCGUGUCAUUGUUGAGUGGCUUAACGAUCCAUCUGAGGAACUCUUAUUGACUGAAAAAAUACUGGAUCUUGAUGCAAAAAAUUAUCAUGCAUGGCAACAUCGUCAAUGGGCAAUUGAAACAUUCAGUCUUUACGAUAACGAGUUGGCAUACAUCGACAAGCUGUUAUCAGCAGAUGUAAGAAAUAAUUCAGCAUGGAAUCAGAGAUUUUUCAUAUUAAAACAUAUGGGAUUAACACUUGAGACUGUCCAGCGUGAAAUUCAUUAUGCCAUAAAUCGUAUUCGUUUAGUUAAGAACAAUGAGAGCUCCUGGAACUAUCUUAAAGGAUUACUAGAGUCGGGAGACUUUCAAAUCAGUCAAUUUCCAGAUGUAGAAGCAUUUACUGAAGACCUUUACAAUUCUGGCAAUCGAGCACCAUACUUGUUGGCAUUUCUUGUGGAUAUGUAUAUUGAAAAGACUUUACACAUCUACGAGACAAACAGUUAUGAUGAUCCAGAGAUUUUUGCAAGGAAGGUCUAUGAAAUUUGCGACAUGCUGGCUAACCAUUAUGACACAAUCAGAUACAAGUAUUGGAAGUAUAUUAGUCAAAAAUUCAGAACGGAAAAGGAACGAGCUAAAGUUGGACCAAAUAAUGACGACACGCCUGCAAACGAAGAAGCAACAAAUUCUGAGGAACAAAAGCUGAACGGUGAAGCUAAUUAAGUUACUUAUUAUUAUCAGUAAAGCUUAUUAAUUUGUAGUUUUGUUGUAUCAAAAAGUUUUUAAUUAAAUUGGAAAUGAAAAAGUAAUUUUAAUCAGUCAAAAGUGU